AUGUGCAAAAGAAUUGGACUUGACCCGAGGAUAAAAGCAACAUAUUUCAAAGAUAAGACAAAUUUGUUAGAAGUGCGUAACUCUUUAUUCAUAGUAGCGGCUUUAUUAGCAACCAUUUCGCUCACUGCUGGAUUCACACUCCCUGGUGGAUUCCAUCAAGAAACUGGAGCAGCAAUUUUAGGAAAGAAGCCAACUUUCCUAGUGUUUUUGGUAUCUGACGCGUUGGCUUUAUUUUUUUCAAUGUUGGUGUUGAUUUGUCUCACAUGGUCCAUGGUUUUCGAUGCCAGUAAAUCAUUGGUGAUGAUUGAUCGAAGUAUGGUGUUACUCCGUUUAGCACUUAACUUCACCUUAUUGGCGUUCAUGACUGGUGUAUAUGUUGUUAUAGCCCCAAAGUCAUUGUGGGCAGCUAUUCUAAUUAUUGUAAUCAUGAGUUCCCUCAUUGGAAUUUCCGUAAACAAGACUUUAUUGUAUAAUUUACUAGAGUAUGUAUACAAGUUCAUCCCUACUCUAAUUAAAAAGCACAGAGGUCGAAUCGAUGUGGAACAGGGCAUCCCUAAUGAACAAGAUCACUUUCAUGAUGCUUAG